AUGGAGGGAGGACGCUGUCAUAGAUUGGGAGGGAGUGGGAGGAGAAUGUUUCUACUGCUCUCAAACCAAAUUUCACGCACCAUCGUCAACCCCCGAGACGCCAUACUCCAAAUUCUGCUUGAUACAUUCAUCAUUCUGUCCGGUCUCGCAUUUCUGGCAAACGCUGAGUGUAUCACGAGGAACGGCCCCAUGCAAAAUGGUCCUUGGCGAAUCGUGGACGCGAAUAUCCGUCCUUGCGCCUUCACCUUCUCUCUCUCCACUUCAUCUCCCUUCCAAGAGUGCCAAGUCAAAGCGAACAUUUUAUUGAUCGCCGGCUCCCACAUAAAUACUCUCUCAUCAUGCUCCUUCCUGGUGAUCUCCUUCAGCCUCCUUCAACGCGCUUUUCUACCAUCGAUUCACUCCCUUGAACAUACAAUGGCUGGUUCCAAUUCGUCUGAUUCGGCCUUUGAGCCCGUAUCCAAGCAGAGCCCAGCGCCAAAACGCAAGGUACCAUCUGAUUGUGUUAUCAAUGCCACAGACCCCUGCAAUCGCAAGCAAGUUACAUCUAAGCCGACUACGAGCAAACUUGCCGCUACCAAAGAAGCGGCCACAACCGAGAAAUCCACGGCUCCAGAGCCAUACAAAAUAAAAGCCCUCACGAGAAAGCCUUCCACCGGCAAGAAAUCGACCUCGCCUUCUAAGUCUACCGUUGAAAAGGGAUCAGCUGUCAACAACCCAAAGUCAAUCUCCCCUGACCCCAAGAAACGAUCCCUGUCUCCUGAGACUUCCCACUUGGAGAAUCUAAGCAAGAAAAAAGCUCGCGUAUCUCCAAGCACGGCCAGCAAGAAGGAGAUGCUAGAGGCCUCAGGCACCUCUAGCACGAAGACGCCAGGGGCCCCAAGCAGCUCCGGCAAGAAGGAUUCGCCGGAAGCUCCAACUACUCCUCUAAAUGGCGAGAAGGCUGAGAAGGAAGAGAAAUACCCAAGUCCUCCCCACCUUCCUGCUACUGUACACGACAAGAACACCUGGCAAGGCUUCUGUGAGAUUGAGUCUGAUCCAGUCUUUUUCUCCGCCAUGAUUCGAGAAAUGGGCGUGAAUGGCGUUUGCGUUCGCGAGUCCUACGCAGCCACUCCAGAUGCCAUCAUGGAUAUGCCUCAGCCAGUCUACGGCAUUAUUCUCCUCUUUCGUUUCCGUCCCGUUGACGCUGAGAACGAAGAAGCGGAUUGCCCUGAGAAUGUCUGGUUUGCCAACCAAUUGCCUGCCCAAAAUAGUUGCGCUACUCUUGCCAUACUUAACAUCCUCCUGAACCUCAAAGGCGUCGACAUCGGCGAUCACCUUCAGCAGUUCAAGGAGUAUUCGCAGGGCUUAACGCCAUACCAGCGCGGCCAGGCUCUCUCUAGCUUCGAAUUCGUAAAGCGAAUCCACAAUUCAUUCGCCAAAAAGCAGGAUAUGCUACAAGAAGAUCAGCGAUUGGCCUUAAAGGUCGCCAAAACCCAAAAAUCUCGCCGUAUGUGGCGAGAGGAUCGCCGCAAAUCAACUGAUUCCGCAGAGAGUAUCGAGGACAACGCCAACCAUUUCAUAGCCUUUCUUCCUAUCGACGGCGAGGUUUGGAAAUUGGACGGCAUGGAUGCGCAGCCAACGUCCAUUGGUAAGUUCAAGGACGAGUACGACUGGAUCAGCAUCGUUGCCGGCAAGAUUGGUGCGGUCAUGCAGGCCGCAGGUGACAACGACUAUAAUGUUAUGGCCCUGACUCAGUCUCCCCUCGUUGGCCUUCGAAAGGAUAUGCGCACCAACAUUGCCAUUUACAAAGCCGUAGAGGCGCGGCUCGACUCAAUCGAUAAGGACUGGUCCGCUUUUUGGAUCUCUAACGAGGAUAGAACCCUUCCCGAUGCAAUGACCAGCCCAGGCUUGCUCACUUCGCUCGGAACAUUCCAGGAUCAGCUCAGCGUGGCUAUGGUUCCAGACUACGUCCAGAAAAGGAUUGAUGGUGAGGAUUUGUCGCAUCUGGUCCGUCGACGAGAUGGGUUGCUGCAAGAGCAGUCGAAGCUGCAAGAGAGUAUAAUGAAUGAGAUGACAGUUGAGGCUGAAGAGGAUGCUAAGGCUAACGAGAGGCGAUGGGAUUACGGCCCGGUCAUCUCUCUCUGGCUUCAGAAGUUGGCGGCAAAUGGAUACCUUGAGGCAAAUCUGGAUAGAUUCACUAACUUGGUAACCCUGGAUAACAAUGAUGGGACACCCUUGAAAUCUUUCAAAUACGGCGUCUGGUUGAUAACAUAUCCUUGGCUACUACGCAACAUACGAAGAAGAUCAGUUGCCCAUUUCAGCAAUGUACCCUGCUCAUUAUUAAGCAAGCAAGCCCUCCCAAUUCUCCAUAUUGACAUAUUCUUCCUAACCUCUCAACUUCUCUCCCUGGGGUAG